AUGGCUGCCGUUCAAACGUCCCGUCCCGCUGGUCAACCAGACAUCGAUUACGCUCCUGAUCUUGACAAGUACUUGGCCAGAACUCAAAGGCGGCUUCAAAAGGAACCGCUUCAUGAACAGCCGCUCCCUGAAGGGUUUCCCAAAACUCUUGUGUCGGAUUUUGUAUGGGAGGAUCAAGAUUUGGAGAAGACUUAUCAAUGGGUUUAUGAGUUGAAUGAUCAGGAAAUUGCUGAGAUAGAAGAAGCUCUUGGCCACUUCAAAUCAUUAAACCAGCCGCUGGGAUUCAUCAGCCAAGAAACAUUUCCUUUACCUAAGCUACACUCAAUUUUACGGGACAUCUCCACGGAAAUUCAUUAUGGUCACGGAUUCAAGGUACUUCGAGGACUUCCAGUGACAAAGCAUACACGGGAAGAAAAUAUCAUCAUCUACGCCGGCGUAUCAUCUCACGUAGCACCCCAGCGAGGGCGGCAAGACAACACCUUCGACGGCAAGCCAGCCGAUGUUGUGCUAAACCACAUCAAAGACCUCAGUUUGGUUGUCGACAAGAGUCUCAUUGGAGCCCCUGCAUAUACGGCGGACAAACAGGUCUUUCAUACGGACUCCGGUGACGUUGUAUCGUUGUUCGCUCUGAAUACUUCCGCUUCCGGCGGUCAAAGUAAGCUUGCUAGUACCUGGCGCGUUUACAACGAGCUUGCUGCUACUAGACCUGAUCUCAUCCGCACCCUGUCCGAGACAUGGGUUGCUGAUAAUUUUGAAAAUAAACAGAAACCAUACCUUCUCAAGCCACUCCUAUUCCACCAGCCAUCAACCGACAAGACUCCUGAAAGAGUAAUACUUCAAUAUGCACGUCGUAUUUUCACUGGCUACCAGGCUCUCCCAAGAUCGGCCAACAUCCCACCUAUUACAGAGGCUCAAGCUGAAGCACUUGAUGCAUUGCAUUACCUUGGAGAGCGUUUUCAUCUCGGUCUUGAUGUUCGUCAGGGGGAUAUUCAGUAUGUGAAUAACUUGGCAUUGUUCCACGCUCGGGAUGGAUUUGUUGAUACGCCUGAGCAGCAACGACAUUUGAUUCGCUUGUGGCUUCGAGAUCCUGAACAUGCUUGGCCAACACCUGAGGUACUAUCUGAACGUUGGAGCCAGCUAUAUGAUGGAGUGACUCCAGAGAAUCAAGUCUUCCCUCUGGAACCUCGAAUUAGAAGUUCAGGUCGAGGUCAAGCUAAAGAAGAGAAGCCAGGUCAGUAG